AAUAUCAUUGUCUAACCACAAAUGAUCAGUUACUGCAUCCAGCUGCUCUACAAAUUGUACUUGGGAGGUUUCUUGGUCCAAAUGAUCAAAAUAGUGUUUAAUUUGAUCAUUCUGUUAACAAUUCUUCAAUUGCUAUAUCCAUGAGCUGUUAAAGAUAGUGUCUUUUCUUACACAGCUCUCCCCACAAUGGCUGCAACAUCGACUGUAGAGUCUGACUGCCCCCUAAUGGAGGACAAGAAGUCAACACCCAUCGAAGAGAUCCCAAAAAUCCCUCUAUAUCGCGCACAUUUUCUUCCCGAAUCCCCAAAACCUGGCACUUCCUCUCCAGAGCCUGUCAUCACAGCCGAUCCCUCAGAGGCGAAGUCCCUCAGCCCCAAGAAGAAGCUCACGCUGUCUUUAUCUGAAAAGGAGAAGCUGCUCAACUGGGACUUGGCCGCUCCUGGAAAGCCCUCGACUUCUGGAGAAGAACAACGGGACAGAACCUCAACGAAUCCUCCAAACGAUCAACCAGAACCAGAAGCUCCACCAAAACCAAGCCGUCCUCAACCUGAACCCACUCCUCCGCUCCUUGGCUUCCAGCAGUGGGCCAACAGUCUCCGGAAGUCCUUCUCCACCAGCAAAGGAAAAAACCCUGUGGUCCUCAGAAGAAACAGACCUCUGAAAGCCAGGCCGUUGUCUGAGGGCUCCUUCAACCUCGGUGGCUUGUUUAGCAGCAGCAUUCAGAGCAACCAGGAUGAGGAACACAGCAACAUAUCUACCGAUGACAGUCAAUCCAGAGUGAGGACAGAAAGUGAGCUCACCACAUUACUGGAGCAGGUGGCUCUCAGCUCCAAGACCCACAAGGGCACAAAAGAUGACAUGGCCUCCUUACCGCCCAGAAAACUCAAUUUCUUCUCCUCUCUGCGCAUUAAGAGGAACGAAGGAGCAGAUCAGAGGAAAGGAGACAACCAGAAGGACAUCUUGACCAUUCUUUCCAGGUUCAGAAGCAAAGCGCCUGCUCAGCAACAACAACAGGAGUCCAACUCAUCUAGUGAAGAGGAACAGGAACCAGACUCACAAAGGGUAAAAGCUCCUCUACUUCUCUUAAAGAAACACAACUAA